AUGCCUGGUCAACCUGCCAUAAGAGUUCAUGACACGCUAGGAUUCGCCGUCAAUGUACGAUUCCAGACGGAUGUGCUCGGAACGCAGCUUGCAACGCGUGACACAACGUUCGUGCACGUGGCGCUGCAACAGCAACGGCGACAACGAGCGUAUCCGAACCGGUCUGGACGACGACACGUUCACCAGAGCGAACAGCGACUCGACGUGCUCCAUCGCAAUUCAGCAUGGCGUCCGCAAGGUACAGUUCAACGGAGUUCGUCUCGCAUGGAGUUGUGGCUCUCGACGGACGAGGGUGAGGUCUUCGGGCCGGCGCCGGCGUUCUCUGUGAAAACAAAGGCCGCACCCCGUACAGAAGUUCCCGGAAAAACGGCAUCCGGGAGCACUGCGAUGUUGUCGGCCUCGAGGGAACAGGGCUCUGGAGACGGUCGGACACGCGUCGACCGUCGACGCCUCAAGUUGCUCUUUCAGCUGGCCUGCGAUGCGGAGUCGAAAGGCCGUUUCGCCGAGGCAGCAAGCCUUGCUCGCCAGUGUCUUGAACUGGACGAGUAUGAUGCUCGCUCCUGGUUGUUGCUGGCACGUCUCGAAGCGAGCCUCGUACAUGCGGACGAUCGCAGCUGCACAGUCAGUGUCGUCAACGGCACGGAGGGCAUCCAUGUCUGCACAAGCCACCAGCGUGCACGUAACACUUACCGUCAGGGCGUACUCAUGUGCCCCGAUUCAGUGCAUCUGUUACAUGCUUGGGCGAUGUUCGAAUAUCGACUCGGGGAGAUCGAAACUGCACGGGAGCUCUUCCGCCGCGGUCUUGCUCUAGAUCCGGCGAACGCCUACAUUUACCACUCGUGGGGACUGAUGGAGUGCCGACGUGGAGGCGUCGAGAAGGCCCAGCAACUCUAUGUUGAAGCAUCUGCAUGCUGCUUGAAUGAUGCGAUUUGUAGCGCCUGGGCCGAACUCGAGGCACGUGGCGGCCGAAUGCGUCUCGCUCGCUGCAUUUUCGAGCUCGGUCUGGUAAUGCUGCUUCGUGAUUUCGCGGACACGCUGCAUCUUACGGGUUCGGAUACCGAAGAGCACGAUCCAAAUCGAGAAGCGGUCCGAGAUAUGCCGUACGGCUCGCUUCGCAGUCUCGUCCGGGUGCUGGUUGCGGAGCACUUGAGGGAGAAGGAACGCCCCCCAGUUUCUGGCUUGUGUGGGAAAGAGCGUGACAUGGCGUGCCUAUCACCGAACGCUGAUGCCCGGCCUACGCCCGGAGAACGCAGUGAGCGAGCGCUCCGAGCCUUACUUUUGGAUUGGUUAUCUUGGUAUAGAGACGGGCGCAACCCGAAUCUGAUCCAUAUUCGUCUCACGGUACGCACGCGAUCGCGCAGAGGUGAUCGAUAUCAGCUGGCUGCGGACCAUUGUGUGCAGUAUGCAGACUCGGAGCUCACCCAUGGGUCCAUCACGCGAACACGGGAAAUCCUACAGUGGGCACUGGAUCUUGAUCCCACCAAUGUGAAAGUCCUGCUGGCGUGCGCUCGUCUUGAUGCACAACGUGGCGCCCAUGAGCGGGCUCGCUCUCUGUUUCGGGCGGCGGAAAGCGCGCUCCGAAAGCGAGGAACUGCAGUUGAACGCAUAGACGAUGCGCAGAGUGCGAGUCACCGAGUUGGUGUCUCUCUCUAUACAUCCUGGGCAACGAUGGAGAUGAAUUUGAGCAGGCCGGUCGAAGCAAAUGCCGUGCUUGAACGAGGGAAUGAACGCUUCCCCCGGAACCACGCCCUCUACCAAACCUGGGCACUAGUGCAGGAAAAGCGGGGACAGCCGGAUGCAGCCCGCCAACUCUUGGAACAAUCCGUUCGCUUGCGACCGAACGCGCCUGCCUAUGUCGCAUGGGCUCUGCUGGAGGAGCGCGAGGGCCAUUUGGACACGGCACGUGAGCUCUUCGAAGCCGCUCUGCAAGUGGAUCCGAGCCACAGCGCCACCUACAAUGCUUAUGGUCGUCUCGAGGCUCGUGCCGGGGACCUCGAAAAAGCUCGCCGUGUUUUUCUUCGUGGUCUGCAUGUCCAACAGGCACCCUGCAUCUAUCAUGGAUUCGCCCUCGUCGAGCUACGCUACGGGAAUGGUAUCCGACGAGCAGAGGAGAUCCUUUUGGAAGGAAUCGCGCAGAAAAGCGACAGAAGUAUGUUUCUAUGGCACACACUAGGUGCUCUCGCUUUUCAACAGAAAAAGUAUGAAAAAGCGCGAGAGAUUUUCGCCCAGGCGCUUCAGAUCUACCCCAGCAAUAGUCGAUUGCUUCUCGGAGCGGCGCUCUCGUACGCAGCAGAGGCAACGGCUUUAGACGCGGAGAGGCCGCGCCAGUUAUUUCGGCGCGCGCUACAGGAGGAUUCCUUUCACGGACAUGCAUGGCAAUGCUGGGGAGUAUUCGAGAGUCGCCUUGGCAACGUGGAUGCUGCCCGGUUACUCUUUGAACGCGGCGUUGAGCGAUGUCCGUUCCACGUACCACUUUGGCAGGCGUACGCGCUGCUGGAGAGCACCGCAGGGAAUAUCCGCAAAGCUCGCAUCCUCUUUGAACGCGGCAUGCAGCUAGAAAGCGACCACGUUCAUCUCUUGAAUGCUUACGCAUGUAUGGAAGCACGAGUCGGCAACUAUCAAAAGGCACAGUGUUUACUGGAACGGGCGCUGCGCAUCGAUCCUGGGCAUGGUGCAACCUGGAACGCGCGUGCCUUGCUGGAGCUGCGCAGAGGGAACCAGCACGGCGCUCGCGAGGUGCUAGAGGAGGGCCUCGGAAAGGACGCCAACCACGCGCCGCUGUACCGAACCUAUGCGCGUCUGGAGUUAGCGCUUGGCAACGUUGAACGAGCACGGCUGCUCAUUGAACAGGGCCUUGUCAGGGAUGCCAGCGAUUCCGGCCUGAUCCAGCUGCGCACUGAUUUGCAGAAGCCGUCAGCAGUUUUCACAGCCGGCGCUUUUGAACGGUGGGCAGAUCUAUCACCGCGAGAAAGCGCCGGAAGCAUGUCCGUACUUGCACGUCUUCAAGCAGAACUGUCCGAAGCAUCAAUCUCAACGACAGAUUUUGAUCUUUUCGCCAUUCAGUCUGUGGACGAUGCGCUGCAAGAGGGCCAUUCCUCGAUCGAUGCACGCUAG